AUUUGGCUACGCUUCACAUUAUCCUCACUGCAAAGAAAUCUACAAGUUGAAGAUUUGGGAUCUUCAAAAAAGAUAUGCUGAAAUUUGGAAAAUGAAAAAAUAAAACCACACUAUCACCUAAACCUGGAGAGACAAUGAACCGAAGCAGUAAACAACAGAGAAUCAAUUUCAGCUGUCGUUCUUACCAUAUAAACGACAUGUGCUUUACUCCGUGAGCCCAAAAAACUGAAAAAGCGAAUGAAACUCACCCGCUCUUUCAAGAGCGUGGAAGCACGCUCGACCACGUGUUAUCAAAUACCACGUGACGCAAUAAGGAAGAAUGUUUACUUCACGCGCGCGUGAAAAUAAAUCACCGACAAUGUUGUCAUAAUAUCUCCAUUUUCAUCGUCCCAAAAAUGAAGGGAGCAGAGAUAGCGUGGUAGCAGAGAGGUACCCAGAUUCCAGAAAAGGACCAAAAUGCGCAGAACAAUGGAAUAGUACAAAAUAGUUUUAAACUUGGAAGAGAAAACAGGAAGCAAAACUAGAUUGGUGGUUGGUACUGGGGUUCCGAGGUUGUCAACUUGUCAUGUCAAUGGCAAAAGUGGAAGAGGAACACACUUCAACGAAUCACACACCUUCUCACGUGUUACUUCUUCAAAUCAUGAGCAAAAGGAGAACAUGGGUAUGCAUUUUUGUGCUUUUUUAUGGCUUGCUCUUCACAUCUUCAUGGACUUUCCUCAAGUCCAUGAUUUCAUGGUACAAUUUUCAAGCUCAGUCAUCGAAUUCUUGGUGGCCGGCAGUCUAUGUUUCGGUGCUUCUUGGCACUGUUUUCGGGUUGCUUUCGAUGGUUGCAGCUAUAGCUGUGGUGGUUCCUGCGGUUCUGGUCACGUGGAUCACCAUCGUGGUGUUGUUGGCUUUUUUUGGGAAGCCUAAGAGGACUUUGGUUGUGGAGGGGGGACAGAUUACGAGGGAAAUUUUCAGUUUUAUGAUGAAGGUUUUGCUGAAAGAAGGGAAUGUUGUGGCUGCUAUUUGUGCUAUUUUGGGGUAUUUUGCUUUGGGGAGAACCAACGGUAAAGGUGUUGAUUGAGCUGGGUGCUUGAUUUUGUAGGAUUUGGAUAGAUGGGUGGUUUGCAGAUCUUGGUGGCUGUUGUGGUGAUUUGAGUGUUUUGAUCUCUUUUUUAGCAUCUUUCUAGAAAGAGUGGGAAUUAGAUUGAUUAGAUAGGGAAAAUUGUUAACUGCGGAUCUGUAUAGCUGCUUAACAAUCUUCAAUCCUAGUGCAUGCACUCCGUGAUUCAUUAAUUUUUCCAGCCUUUUUUUUUUCCUUGUCUUUUGCCUUCAAGAUUAAAUACUAAUUCUUUAAUUGUAUGCCCCGGAAGUUGGUCUUCUUUGUCAGCAAAUUGUCACUGAUAAAUCUGUAAAUUUGAUGCUUUGAGCUAUAUAUAUAUAUAUAUAUAUAUCAAUGGGCUGCACGAAGUUUAAUAUAUCAAUCUUGAAA